AUGGACAGCGCUGGGGAUGCCGAAGGCAACUUCUCAGUGAUAGGGCUUAUGGAAGACGCGAGCGCGGCAGGCGGCUGGAGCGCACAGCCUGUCGCUGCUUUCAGAUACCUCAACGCAUCUGAUCCAUUACCAGAAUUAGUUGGUGGUGAUCGCAUCGCGUGGAUAAACGGAAAGCCACCUAUAGCCGAGCCGGCGUGCGGUUUUGAUGGCACCAAAUGCUCCUUACCUCAUGAUCCCCUGGUACUCUCAGCUGUGGCCGCAGUAGCCACCGCAGCUGUACUCGCAGCGGCAUUGUUCUUACGUCAUUAUAGAUAUGAACAGAAACUUGCUUCAGUUCUCUGGAAAAUUGAAGCGAAAGAUUUGACUUUUAUAUCUGCGUGCAGUGAUGUUUCGAUCCCGCAAGAGGUAGACACGCGAAGGGCGCAUACAACGAUUGCUUUGUAUAGAGGAAAUAUUGUUGCUGUUAAAAGAUUAAAGAAGAAAAACAUCGAUGUAACUCGAACAGUUAAAAAAGAACUGAAACAGAUCCGCGAACUCCGUCACGAGAAUCUCACCGCAUUCGUCGGAGUCUGCGUGGAAAGUGGUUCAGCGUGCAUUGUGUCCGCGUACUGUUCGCGAGGUUCGCUCGCGCGCGUGCUCGCCGACAGAGACCUCUUACUCGAUGACAUGUUCGUCGCAAAACUAGUCGCGGAUUUGCUGCGUGGUUUAACUUACUUGCACGACUCUACGCUAGUGUCGCACGGCAAUCUGACAUCAAGUAAUUGCUUGGUUGACAGCCAUUGGGUACUACAGAUUUGUGAUUAUGGAUUGCACACUUUAAAAAGUGGUUGUAUGGAGACAGAAGAUGCACUGCGCAUGGAGAGACGCAUGUUGUGGCGAGCGCCCGAGCUCCUGCGGGACCCGAAUCCGCCGCCCUGGGGCUCUCAGAAAGGAGACGUCUAUUCCUUCGGGAUCAUACUCUAUGAAAUACUUGGUAGAAAUGGUCCGUGGGGUGAUACCAAUUUAACAAAUGCUGAGAUAAUCGGUCGAGUACGUCACCCGAUCGGCGGCGUGCUGUUCAGGCCGCCGCUGGGCGGACUUGCGGCGCGGCCCUCAGUGCUGGCUGUACUCAACGCCUGCUGGAGCGAACGUCCUGACCGCAGACCAGAACUGCGCCUAGUAUGGUUACGUCUUAAGGAUAUGCAUGCCGGCAUGAAAACUAAUACUUUCGACAAUAUGCUGGCCAUGAUGGAGAAAUACGCAUCCAAUCUGGAAGCACUCGUAGAAGAGAAGACUGAUCAACUGACGCAAGAAAAACGAAGAACUGACGACCUUCUCAACAGAAUCUUACCCAGAACUGUAGCGGAGGCUUUGAAGCGCGGGGAGCCGGUACAGGCGGAGAGCUACGAUAGUGUCACCGUUUACUUUAGUGACAUCGUAGACUUCGCACACAUCGUCAAUACAAGCAGUCCUAUGCAGGUGGUGGACAUACUACACGACUUAUACACAUGCUGUGACGCCAUCAUUUCUUAUUACAAUGUUCACAAGUUUCCUAACAAGCAUUGA